UUGCAAUGGGAGAGGCAGUCUGAAAGCACGUUUUCAUGUGAUGAGGCUGAAAAAACAACAAAACUCGCUCUUAGAGGUACCGAUUUACAAAUCGCGUGACUUUCAUCUCGGCAUGCACAGAUUUUGCACUCCUUAAAAUUCCCAGUGUCGCCCGCUCUCCGAGGACGACACGAACGACGUUGCGGCUCAAGUUGCCGAUCUGCGCAUAUUGAAUCGAGGAACCGAGUAUGAGAAUAGUAGAGUGGUGCUCUGCGAAAAUUUAAUCUGCUGUCGCACGGCGUGAUUUGACGCACAGCAGCUGUUAUAGCGGUGGCGAAUAACGAGAUAAUUGGUGGUGCCUUAUAUUGUACCCUGGCCCCGCUAAUAUUGGUGCAUUUGGUUCGCCAGUCAGCCGCAUUCACGCGUGCUGAGUCUCUCGAGGACCACCUUCCUUCCACCUGAGCGCUCGUCAGGGUGUCUUGUUACACGCGCGCCCUAUUGUGCGCGCUGCCGACCGGCCGGUCCUGCACAGAUCCUCAUCAGCAGAUAAGAGCACCUUGUCCGAAAUUCGGGCCAGAACCCUUCGCUUUGAAUUACCGCUCGCCUAGAAGUCUGUGUGUGCGGCAAACUCAAAUAUUGGAAAAUUAUUCAAUCAUGCCAUGGUGAAGCGACGACCAACUACUGACGCUCGCUGCUGAUGCUGCUCCACCGCCGUUGAGCAGAAAACACGCCGUCUUUUCAGCCGGUCGACCGAACGAUCAUUUUACCUCUUGAAUUAUUCAUAUUCAGUUCUCUUUAUUGAAGAUAAAAAGGCUAUAUUUGUUUAUUAUUUUUGUUAAUGUAUAACAUUUUAAAGUAGAGCUAUAACUUUACAGGCCAGCAUUCAGGAACAUUUUGAUUUGUCGACUAUACCAAUUAGUUCAUUGAGUUUAUUGUUUGUAAAAUUUAGCAACAGUUUUUAUCUCUACAGUGUGCAAUAAUGAAAUCAGGACUAAGUAACAGUGAAAUUAGAGAUUUUGCCAAAUUUCUUGAAAAGUUAAACGGUUUGUCAAUGAUUUUCCGCUUGAUUUUGAUCCCUUUUGUCGCAAAUCUAUCCAAAGAUGUGCGGAUUAAAUUUCGCUUCUGGCGAUAUUGAAAUGUAGUAUAAGUGCGGGGUGGCCGGGUAGGGAAAGGAAAGAACUGCUCUGUUUGGCUGCUAGGGAUAGACUAAAUUUAUUUCAUGCUCCGCACUCUCUGCGUUCACAACAUUCAUUAAAUACCUGAAUUAAUACUUGGGAUAUAACAGAUAUAAAUCAUGAUUUCCAAUAAGAUGCUUGAUUGCCAUGCAAAAUUUGGAGCCAAUUUUCUCAAAAAUUUAAACGACAACCUGGGAUGAAUUUUUCAGUUUUUUCCUAAUUAUUAGAUAUUAUGUCAGAAAAGGUUAAAAGCUAAACUUUAAUCAAUUUUUAUGCUUAUUAUUUACCUCAUAUUUAUUGAAUUUGUACUAUUUGUAGUAUUUUCGUACCUUACAAUAAAUUGUGAUUGAAGUUACAAGAGCAAUGCAACAAUUUGUAAAUAACCGCCUGGGUUCGUCGCCAAGCAGGUUUAUUAUUUGACAGCAUGUGCAGCAAGUUAACCCAGUCAGUGAAAUCGAGUGGCAGCAGCUGACGAAUUAAUAAACAAUGCCCAGUUGACAAUACACUGGAAACCGUGCUUCUUUGCUCCGUCACAGGGAAAAUUAUCAGAUAAACCGCGCGACGAGUUGUUCGCAAUCGGGGGCUAACUGGAUGGAAAGUGGACGCGCGGCGAGGACGGUGAGAUGUUAUCAUUUCGUCGCUGCUACAUGGCCGGGAAUGUAGAGCUGCAUUCAUUUCGUUAUUCCUGCAGCAUCUGCAUUCAGGAGACAAAUUUUGGAAACUUGAGUUGUGUUUUGAUCGGCCGGGGAGAAAGAAAGAACGCGCCGAGGGUAUCAAUUACGAACAACAGCGCAAGACAAAAGAAGCCGCCGCCGCAUCUUUGUUUCAGUGGCGGAAAAUGGGCAGAAAAGAUGCGCGCGUGAAAUCAGAUCUCGACUUUUCUGCAAAGAAGGCCCGCGAGGGCUGUGCUAGCCUUUGUUGCAGUUUGCCAUCAAACAGCACACACCAAAGCCGCGCGUCGGCAAGGGUUGGUUUCAAGUUGCUAAUUAUAUUCAUCCCGCCGGGAGACGUGGUUGGCUGAUGGAAAAAUGGGCAGAUUGCUUUAAUAGCAAAUGUGCGCGCAGACAAAAGGUGCGCUGCUGUGUGUUUUUCUUUCCGGACCGCACACAUUGAUUCGAUUACUGGGAAAGUGGCGUUGUCGCCGCGCGUACACAUCACCGUUCCAUCCGCCCGUGAAAACUUUUUUGCCAGCAGCAGCGGCUGCUUCGCCAGCCGCAAAUAAAUACUCAGGGAGAGAACUAGAUUUUGGUGUAAUGUAAUCUGCUUAACGACCGACUCGCGCUUUUCAUGCCCCCUUAAUGUAUUCUGGCGUGCACGUGAAUUUGUUUUGCUAGUAGGGGCGCGUCGUCUCUUCAGCGUGUAUAAUCGCUUAAUCUUCAAUGUUGCGGUAAUUGAUCUUUAAAUAAUUAACUCGAUGAAUGAGUAACAUAAGUAAAGCUCAUAAUCUGUUUGCUGCAUUUGUGUCAAAUUAAGUAGAUUGAUAUUUUUCAGUAACGCUUUAUUAUCCUAAUUAAUGAUUAAUUUGAAGAAAAAUGUGCUAGACUGUCUUUAAUACUAUUUUAACUUACAUGUAUUUUAAUCGUAGGUUCUAUUUUUAUUCCUAUAUUUUUAAACGAUCAAUCGAAUAAUAUAAAGGAAUUCCAGCCAAUAAACCAGACCACAACAGAGAAAGUUGUUAGCAGGAUUUUUCGGUUAAAGUAGUAGAUUUUAAAGAUUAAAUUUUGCUUUACAUAUUUAUGAUCUUAGUUGAAAUGCCAACACCCGAGGUUGGUUGUUCCAUUUUUCUGUUUAUUCUGUUGUUGGCUGCUGUUUGGGUCAAUUAUUUUUGUGUGUGUAAUGGGUAUGCUGAAUUUGUAUUUUAAAAUACUGAAUAUAGGAUAUUUAUCUUAAGAAGGCAGAAUUUAAAUUUAACAAUGCUGCUCUGGCUUCUCGCUGCGUUCGAUGCAGAGAACUUCAUGCUUGUAUGCGCCAGGCGGAAUUCCCGCGUCCAAAUUUGUAGGCAUAUUCCUGUCUAUUUGUUUAGUUUUCCGAUGGUCAACAUCAAAAUACCUCAAUCGUCAAUUUCGGUGCAUCUGCCUGAAAUCGCGUGCUUCCCUCUUUUGUCAGAAAAUCCUUUCAUCCGCAACCCCCAAAAGAUAAACAUCUCAGCUCGGGACAAAGCGAUUAUAGGCUUACUCAGGGCAUUGUCCGCGCAUCGAGUAUAAAGGCUUAUUGAACAAGGUCUAAGCCUGAGACACGCACCUUGCUCCUCAUCGGUGCGGAUCAUUACAGUUUGAGUGAAGCACGUGCAGGCCCUAAGAUACACUACAUGUAUAUUAUGUCAAUGCCAAUGUUAUUGUAGAAACGAGAUAUCACUGAAGCACUUGCGAAAAUAGGGAAAAGAGAUAAAUAUUUUUACUCAUUUUAAGUAACUUUUAUAAUUGAAAAGACAUGAUUAAUAUGAUAUAAAAUUGUUGAAAUAAACGCCACACCGAAGGUAGAAGCACAUGUGUGGUUGGUAUAUACAAGUUAUCGGUUUUACAGCGAUAUAUGCUUAUGUAUAUCCGUAUUUCUACAAAAAUGUCCUACUCGUCUGAUUUCGGCUUCAGGCGAGUGAAUAAUUCUCAACCCAAGAAUAUUUUUAUGAAUGAAUCUGAGGAAUUUACCUGAAAUAAACGUUGUUAUCCUCAUUAGCUGCUUUUAAUUCUGGUCAUCUAUUCACCACUUUGAUUGUUUAUUUGCUUAAAUAGUUAAAAGGGGUGUAAAUUAAAUAUUGAUUAUUGCUAACCGCAAAAGUGAUUAAAUAUCGAAAAGUUUCCGUUCGCAGCAGUUAAGUUAAAUGAAACAUAAGCCAAAUACUUAAAAAUAAAUCAUGAAGUAAAAAAAAUCGGAGUAAAAUUAUUCGAGUAAAAAGUGAAAUCAACCCGCAUUUUCCCUUGAUCUAGCUCAGGCUAUGAGAGGGAUGGGCCUGUUGUAGCAAGAGGUGGUGUUUGUCAAAACACAGCCUCCCCACCCUGGCCGCGAAUAAUAACAUCUUGGCACGCUUAAUUAACCUCAGCUCGUCGGAGGAUCAGUUUUGCUAGAGCCGCACGCCGUGGGAAGGGGGUUGCUAUUUAAGCGAGCGGGUGGUGGGGCCGCGAGUUCACUCGAAAAUGGAACGCGGCACCAGCAGGAAAACCUCCGACUUCAGCAUCGCCAGGAUACUAGGCAACCUGGAUGUGAGCGGCACUGACGGCGAGGACGAAGACGUGGUGGUCGACGUCGAGGAGUCUAGCCCGCCAAAUUCGCCCCCUGCCGACUCGCAGAGAUUUGAAUGGCUGCACUGCACGAGAUAUCGACCGCCCAGGCUUCCCAGAACAAGACGCAAAGAAGGCGCGCAGAAGAGAAAACUAGGCCGCAACCCCCGCAUCCCUUUCUCGAGCUCGCAAGUGUCCGUCUUAGAGCAGAGAUUCAAGCAAAGUCAAUAUCUGAGCAGUUCAGAUGUGGCUGAACUCGCGAAUUUCCUCAACUUGUCAGAGACUAGGGUUAAGAUUUGGUUUCAAAAUCGCAGAGCAAGAGAGCGGCGUGAUCGAGAAACUAGGCAAAGACUAUCAUCCCAUGAAUUUGGUUCUGAUGAGGAAGCCGCCCCUCAAGUCAACAGCGUCAUGUCUCGUACGUCAGUUCACAUCAUAUCCAGCACUCAAUCAGCGUUUGUACCAGUCCCAAGACAUGUGCACUUGCUCUCAAUAUCACCAAAUACACCAUUGACUGCACACAUCCAAGAAAACCCUGCAAGUUGAGAGUGGCAACAAAGUUGUUGAAGUCUGGCACUACAAUUCUGGCUUGAGCGGCCACUUCCUUCAUCUCAGAGACAGUGAAAAGAGAUUUUGUCUGCAACUCAGCU